UCGUCUUCUCCCUUCUGGAGAAGUCGGGAAGGUGGCAGCGGCGGCGGCGGCGGUUGUCCCGGCCGGGCCGGUUGGUGUGGCCGGUCAGUCCGCGCUUCUCAGCGCCCGCGCCGCGCCCAGCCCAGUGGACUCGAGCGGCGGCGGCGGCCGGCCCGGUGCGGGGCGCGCGCUGACGGAGGGCGGCGGCCGCGGCCAGGGCGGCCCGUGGGAGCGCGGGCCCCCGGCGCAGCGCCGCCCGGCUCCCGGCCCUGCCGGCCUGCUCCCCCGGGCGCCGCGACCAUGGCGGCCAGCGCCAAGCGGAAGCAGGAGGAGAAGCACCUGAAGAUGCUGCGGGACAUGACCGGCCUCCCGCACAACCGAAAGUGCUUCGACUGCGACCAGCGCGGCCCCACCUACGUGAACAUGACGGUGGGCUCCUUCGUCUGUACCUCCUGCUCCGGCAGCCUGCGAGGGUUAAAUCCACCACACAGGGUGAAAUCUAUCUCCAUGACAACAUUCACACAACAGGAAAUUGAAUUUCUACAAAAACAUGGAAAUGAAGUCUGUAAACAGAUUUGGCUAGGAUUAUUUGAUGAUAGAUCUUCAGCAAUUCCAGACUUCAGGGAUCCACAAAAAGUGAAAGAGUUCCUACAAGAAAAAUAUGAAAAGAAAAGAUGGUAUGUCCCACCAGAACAAGCCAAAGUAGUGGCAUCUGUUCAUGCAUCUAUUUCAGGCUCCUCUGCCAGUAGCACAAGCAGCACACCUGAGGUCAAACCACUGAAAUCUCUUUUAGGAGAUUCAGCACCAGCCCUGCACCUAAAUAAGGGCACACCUAGUCAGUCCCCUGUUGUAGGUCGCUCUCAAGGACAGCAGCAGGAAAAGAAGUUUGACCUUUUAAGUGAUCUUGGCUCAGACAUAUUUGCUGCUCCAGCUUCUCAGUCAUCAGCUACAGCCAAUUUUGCUAACUUUGCACAUUUCAACAGUCAUGUAGCUCAGAAUUCUGCAAAUGCAGAUUUUGCAAACUUUGAUGCAUUUGGACAGUCUAGUGGUUCGAGUAAUUUUGGAGGUUUCCCCACAGCAAGUCACUCUCCUUUUCAGCCCCAAACUACAGCAUUUAGAAUGCUUUCAUCUAGCUGCAGUUUUGGUGAAUUUACUUCUGCUUUUCCUCUCCAGGCUACCCACAGUGGAAGUGCUGGAUCAGUAAAUGCUAAUUUUGCUCAUUUUGAUAACUUCCCUAAAUCCUCCAGUGCUGAUUUUGGAACCUUCAGUACGUCCCAGAGUCAUCAAACAGCAACAACUGUUAGUAAAGUUGCAACAAAUAAAGCUGGUCUUCAGGCUGCAGACAAAUAUGCGGCACUUGCUAAUUUAGACAAUAUCUUCAGUGCUGGACAAGGUGGUGAUCAGGGGAGUGGCUUUGGAACGACAGGUAAAGCUCCUGUUAGUUCUGUGGUUUCACUUCCCAGUCAGCCAAGUGCGUCUUCAGACAAGUAUGCAGCUCUGGCAGAACUAGACAGCGUUUUCAGCUCUGCAGCCACCUCCAAUAAUGCGUACACUUCCACAAGUAAUGCCAGCAGCAAUGUUUUUGGAACAAUGCCAGUGGGUGCUUCUGCACAGACACAGCCUGCUUCUUCAAGUGUGCCCGCUCCAUUUGGAGCUACGCCUUCCACAAAUCCAUUUGUGGCUGCUGCUGGUCCUUCUGUGGCAUCUUCUACAAAUCCAUUUCAGACCAAUGCCAGAGGAACAACAGCGGCAACCUUUGGCACCGCAUCCAUGAGCAUGCCUGCGGGCUUCGGGACGCCUGCGCCCUAUAGUCUUCCCACCAGCUUCAGUGGCAGCUUCCAGCAGCCUGCCUUCCCAGCCCAAGCAGCUUUCCCUCAACAGACAGCUUUUUCUCAACAGCCCAAUGGUGCAGGUUUUGCAGCAUUUGGACAAACAAAGCCAAUGGUAACCCCUUUUGGUCAAGUUGCAGCUGCUGGAGUAUCUAGUAAUCCUUUUAUGACUGGUGCACCGACAGGACAAUUUCCAACAGGAAGCUCAUCAACCAAUCCUUUCUUAUAGCCUUAUAUAGACAUUUUACUGGAAAGAACUUUUACAUGGUCACAUUACAUCUCUCCGCCUCUUGCACUGUUGUCUUGUUUCACUGAUCUUAGCUUUAAACACAAGAGAAGUCUUUAAAAAGCCUGCAUUGUGUAUUAAACACCAGGUAAUAUGUGCAAAACAGAGGGCUCCAGUAACAACUUUUAACCUGUGAAUUGGCAGAAAAAGGUAGCGGUAUCAUGUAUAUUAAAAAUUGGCUAAUAUUAAGUUAUUGCAGAUACCACAUUCAUUAUGCUGCAGUACUGUACAUAUUUUUCUUAGAAAUUAGCUAUUUGUGCAUAUCAGUAUUUGUAACUUUUAACACAUUGUUAUGUGGAAAAUGUUACUGGGGAAAUAGAUCAGCCACUUUUAAGGUGCUGUCAUGUACCUCGGAAUGAAUGACCUGAAAUAAUUUUAACCAUUGCUACUGGAAAGUUACAAACUCAGAAUUGGAAGGUUUUAUUCAGUCUUGAAUUUUUCCCUCCUAAAGAGCUCUUCUAUUUAUACAUGCCUAAAUUCUUUAAAAAUGUAGAAGGAUACCUGUCUGCAUAAUAAAGCUGAUCAUGUUUUGCUACAGUUUGCAGGUGAAAAAAAUAAAUAUUAGAAAAUAUGCUAUUGUUUUUGUGUUCUUGCUGCAAUGCCUUUACCAAAGUGGCCUUAAAUGUGAGUAGUGAAUUGAGAACAUCUUGAAUUCUUAAAUUAGGAUUUCAGAAGACUUCUAGUGACUAACUUUUAUGUCUAAAAGAGAAAAUUUUAUAAAAAGGCCAUGUAGAAAAUGUAUUAAAACUACUAUGACUGCUAUAUUCAGGAAUAUGUCAGUGGUAAAGCAUUUACAUGUAGCUUGUCAGAUUCACCAUAAUCCUUCUAAUUUCUUUGCAACUUCUUAAUUUUGUGAAAUUUGUAAAUAUGAAGAAUUUGCAUGUAUGUGUAUUUACAAAUUUUUUAAAGUAUCUUGAAUUCUCAGACUUCAAAAGGCCUAUUUUAAAUAUUGAUUUUAAAAAUACUGUCUUUGAAUGUAUUGGAAGCAGACAUGCAUUAACUGUGACAUGAUUGCACCUCAGAUUUGUUUUCUGUUUAGACAAACUGAUAUUAUUAAUAGGACAUUUGUUUAUGUUCAUCUCUGGGGGGGUAAAGAAACUGGAACCCAGUAUUACCUUGAAGUUAUAGAAUACUUUGUUUAAAAGGGCAAUGAUACUAAUGUUUAGUUAUAUCUUUUUGUUAAUAUUCAAAUGAACUUGUUUAAAUAUUUAUGUGCAGCAAUGCCUCAUUCAUCCAGAGAUAAUCUGGCAGUCUCAUCAAAACAACACAGCUGGGAAACUUGGAAUCAGCUUUUUUUUUUAGUGCCUUUGAGCAACCUACUUAAGUCAUGAAGUCUUUACUGAUUAUUUGGUUUCCCAGCCCAUAACAAAUUAGCAGUUCAGAGGUUGUUGCUCAAAAGGUAGGAGAUAGAAAAAAACUAUGAAGAGUAUACUCUUGAAGACUUUAGUGUAGGGGCAGCCAGCCCAGCCUAGAUCACUAAAUCACAUCAUCUUCUAAUAAUUGUCUAUUUCGCUGACUCUCUGUCAUCAAGAAAAGCUGAAAUUACAUAUACAAAUGGGUAGCAUGUGUUUAUAACGUUUUAUCUUAUAAUGAUUAGACAUUUUUUAAAAAGCUUUGGUAUUAAAAGAGGUGAACAUCUGUUUCCUCAAACAUUUUAUUCAUGUUGAAUACCUUUUUCAGUGGUGGCUACAUGAGUUAUCCUACUAUACUCAACCUGUGUAGUGUUUUAGACUUGUUAAAACAUUGCUGUUUGUUGCAUAUCUAGCUGAAUGUGUGGUUUACCUGACCCAUUUGAUAAGAAGACUGGGAGAUGUCUGCCCCUUUUCUGAGCAGUAUGCCUCUUAUUUUAGAAUUAAAUGAAUGCUGCAACGGUUGUGGUGUGUGUUGGUGUAUACUUGAAAUGUCUACAUUUGUGGGGUCUCCCUCCACCUUUUUUUCAUGGAGGGGACACUAAAGAAAUGUCUUUGAAUGUCUCUGUUUUAGAUUGUAUUGGGUCCCAGUCAAUCCACAUGUACAAAGUUAUAAUAUAUAAUUAUAGGCAUUACCCAAAUAACCUUCCAGCUUUCCAUCUAAGAAAUACGUAAAUUAAACAGUUAUU